AUGAUGGACCUUUUUGAGACCAACACUUAUCUUUUCAAUGAUUUGCGUUAUUUGGAGGAAGGGGAUCAUGGACCACUACAGCACUUGGACAUGGCGGGGGUGUCUCCUCUGUACAACGGCAAUGACAGCCCGCUGUCACCGGGCCAAGACAAUGUUCCGUCCGAGACCGGGGAGGAGAGCAGCGGAGAGGAGCACGUCCUUGCACCCCCGGGUCUCCGCGCGCACUGCCAGGGCCAGUGCCUCAUGUGGGCCUGUAAGAUCUGCAAGAGAAAAUCAGCACCGACGGACAGACGCAAGGCUGCCACACUCAGGGAGAGGAGGAGGCUCAAGAAGAUCAACGAGGCCUUCGAUGCGCUGAAGAGGAAGACCGUGGCCAACCCCAACCAGAGGCUACCCAAGGUGGAGAUUUUACGCAGCGCCAUCAGCUACAUUGAGAGACUACAGGACCUGCUGCAAACGCUGGACGAGCAGGAGAAAACGCCAAACGGAUCAACCUACAACAUUAAUGUCAAAGAGCACAGUGUGUCCGGUCAUGAGUACCUUUGGAAAAAGUCCUCAGAGACCUGGGCGACCUCUGCUGACCAUUCCACUGCAGCGAUAAUAAACCAGAGAGAAGGAACCAGUGAGUCCUCUGGGUCCUCCAGCCUCCUGCGUCUGUCCUCCAUUGUGGAUAGCAUCACCAACGGCGAGAAAAGCAGCUUCAGCGAAGUCGUCUCAGAAAAUUGAAAACGCUAGCAAACACCUUCACUAGAUAGCAUAUUUAAAAUUCCCAUUGUUUAUCUCUAAAUUAUUUCCACUGUAUUCAGCCGGCAUGGCUUCAGUUUGUGAUGUUGUACAGCAGGAGCAGCCGCUGCUCUUUUGCAGAUAAAAAUGUAUAUAUUUUAUAAUAAUGUGAUGUUUAGAUUUAUUUAUUUUGUAUUCAGAAGAAAAUAAGCUGUCUAAGAAAGCUGAUAUUGUAUUUAAAUAUUUGUACAUA